AUGGCUAAGGACAAGAAAUCAAGCAAGGCUGUCGCCGCUGCGGCGCCGCCAAAGGCAAGCAAGCCCAUCGAGAAGGUGAAAGCUGGUCGCGUGAGCAAGCCAGCUGAGUCCGCGAAGAAGGUGUCCCAAGACUCCGCCAAGAAGACCGCAAAGGCAGUCGACAAGAAGUCCAAGAAGAAGAAGGAGCCGACCCCAGAGCCUUCCAGCGAGAGUGAGAGCGAGGACGAAGAGGAGGAGCAUACCAGCGCCAGCUCCGACAGCUCCGACAAUGAAGAGGAUGCAAAGCCCGCUCCAAAGGUGAACGGCGCUGCCAAGGCAGGCGCGGAGGCUGAAGACAGCGACGACUCUGAAGACACUUCAAGCGAUGAAGAGAGCGACGCGAAGCCUGCGCCGGCUAAGGCUCAGCCAAAGAAGGCGGAGACUCCCAAGACGAACGGCACUGCCGCCAAGAAGGAGAGCGAUGACUCGUCCGACGAGGAUGAGGAGGACGAGAAAGACGACAACUCGGACAGCUCCGAUGACGAGAGUGACGAGGAAGAGAAGCCAAAGGCCAACGGCAAGGCUGCUGAUGUAAGUCAAUAUGAGAGGCCUUGACCUUUAUACGAACUAACCUUGAGAACAGGAUGACGAUGACGACUCGGAUGACUCUGAUGAUAGCGACAGCGAUGCAGAGCAGGAGGAAAAGAAGCCGAAGGUGCAGGAGAGCAAGAAGCGCAAGGCAGAGAGCGAGCCAUCCAACACCCCGAAGAAGACCAAGGUCGAAGACCCCAACGCUACGGGCAACCUCUUCGUGGGCAACAUCAGCUGGAACGUCGAUGAAGAGUGGCUCUCUCGCGAGUUUGAGGAAUUCGGCGAGCUCACUGGCGUCCGCAUCAUCAGCGACCGUGACACUGGCAGGAGCAAGGGCUUUGGAUACGUCGAGUUCAAAGACCCGGCCGAUGCUGCCAAGGCGGUAGAAGCGAAGAACGGCUCCACUCUUGACGGUCGUGAGCUCCGUGUCGACCCCAGCACUCCACGCCCCAACAACGACGACCGUCAAUCGCAACAGCAGCGUGCCAACAAGUACGGAGAUGUGCCUAGCGAGCCAUCCUUGACCCUCUUCGUCGGCAACCUCAGUUUCGAUGCCGACGAGAAUGCCGUCCGCGACGCCUUCCAGGAGUUCGGCAACGUCCAAGGCGUCCGCUUGCCGACUGACCGCGAGACCGGCAACCCCAAGGGCUUCGGUUAUGUUGAGAUGGCGUCGCUCGACGAGGCCAAGGCCGCUUUCGAGGGACUCAGUGGUGCCCAGAUCGCCGGACGUCCGGUCCGCCUGGACUACUCCAAGCCUCGCGACAACAGCAGCGGCGGUGGCUUCGGCGACCGCGGUGGCAGAGGAGGUGGCCGCGGAGGCUUUGGAGGUCGUGGUGGAGGCCGCGGUGGACGAGGCGGCUUUGGUGAUCGCGGUGGUCGUGGCGGCCGUGGUGAUCGCGGUGGUCGUGGCGGCCGCGGUGGCUCGACGAACCGUGGCGGCUUUGGCGACUUCUCGGGCAAGAAGAUGAGCUUCCAGUAG